UGAAGUUAUUUCCUGUUGCAAAAUACAAUCGUUUCCUGACAGAAAUGCAAACCCACAUUUUCGGCGUGUGUGCAUGUGCGCGCAACGCUGCGCCUCAUAAAGACAGAGGAAGGCUGCGAAGGCACUAGAUCAGAAAGGUUAGAGGUUAGACGGAGUGGCUUUCAGCUCUUUGGAAGGUGAGGUGGAAAAAGGAGAUCUUUAAAAAAAAAAGAAGAAGAAGAAGGUCAAGGUCCUCGUCUGAAGCUGAAAUUCCCUGAGCAGACGUUUGAGAAGCAAAAGGCCGGGGAACAAAAAAAAAAAAAAAGCUGCUGUACCUGUGCAGCUCUCAGAGUGGAAGACAAAAAGGGCUCGCCUGCAGUCAGACAGCAGAGACAAAGAGAACAGCGCUGGCACUUACCAACAGAGCGAAAGGCACAGUCGGAGGAAAGCGGUGAUGGAGAACCUGGCCAUCUACCACGGACCCAUCGGCAAGGAGGAGGGCGAGAGGCGGCUGGGCCAGGACGGGAGGGACGGGUGUUACUUAGUACGUGACAGCGACUCGGUGCCAGGCGUCUUCUGCCUGUGUGUGUUGUGCAAAGGAUACGUCUACACGUACAGACUCCACAAGGACGAAGCGGGCUCGUGGGCUGCAGAGACGACUCCCGGUGUGCCGAAGCGGUAUUUCCGGCACAUCAAGAACCUGAUAGCAGCCUUCCAGAAGCGGGGACAGGGAAUUGCCAUGCCUCUGCUCUACCCCGUCACGGCUCAGAGGCGGGCGCAGACCCACGGCGAGCAGCAGCAGACGCCCGGUAAUGGCCUGUCGCCGACGCUGCCCGACCACAGCCCCUAUCUGCAGCGCCUGGCGACGCCCGUCGCCCAGGAGCCGAAGAGCAGGAGCAAGAAGGAGGUGGCGCAAGCUUUCGGUUAGAGGCGGCCGAACCCGAACAAUGACUGAACACCAAACUUUAAAACUUCUCAAAUCUCAUUUCUUUCAGCCAGUUUUUCCUGGUUUUUUUUCUCCUCUGAAACAUUAAUAUCUAUUACUGCACACAUGAGUUUGACGACACACACACACACACACAAAAAAGAAAGAUAAAAAUAUUGUUGGGGGCGGCGAAGAAAAUAAACGAUUUUGUCUGAAAGAAGCUCUCUUAAAUCAGGUCAUGCUCACACAGCCAAAGCCUCGGCGUGACAACAUAAUGUGGUGGGGAAGAAAUUCAAUUUGACAUAUUGAAGUAGCGAUUUUCACGGAGAGAAUGCUGACUGCAGGAGGGGCAGGAGGGCGUGUGUGUGUGUGUGUGUGGAAUCAGUCCCUUUUCUGACUGACAUCAAGAAAAAAAUAUGAGUGGAGAAAAAACACACAGGGAGGGAAGGUGAGAAAACAGUGAGAGCAUCCUUUCAGCCCAGACUAUUCUUCAGUGCAGCGGUCUCCUAGCAACCAAAAGACCCUCCAUCUUUUCUUUUUUUUCUGUCUCUCUCCUUCUUCACCGCAGCAGAGAUGAGCUUGGACAGUAUCUAGUGGAGCAUAUGUUUUAGAUGGGAAGAGGCUCGUCACAGUUGAUCAGCGACGUCGCUACUCAGAAACGUAUACAUCACCUGCUGGCAGUCAGAACAUACGCAUCCUUAAAGCGUCCGCGCCGCCGUCCGCAGCCUACGGAGAGAGAGAAGCGCGACAAUUAAUGCUGGGCAGAUGGCGAAGCGACGGCGUGGAGGGAGAGGGAGAGGCGAGUGGGGAAAGGGGAGGUGGAUUAAUGGUAGCUUGCUUUUUCUUUUUUUUGUUUUAGAAAAAAAAAAGAAGGGAAAACUAACUCUCUUUUUUUUUUGACUCGUUUUUUUUUUUUUUUUUACUUUUUUCUUCAGCUUGGAAGUGGUUUGCAGCGUAGUCUGAUUGGCAUUUCCUAAUGAGAGGAGACAAGCUGUAGCGAACAGCACAGCCAACUCCAGGUCCUGCCCCUUCUGCACUCACCGCCCACUCGCUGAGCCUCAGCUGUCACAUAUCUUUCCCUUCCUCUGUGCUUUUUUCUCUCUCUCUCUCUCUCUCUCUCUCCUCACCUCCUCCUCCUCCUCUUCCUCCUUCUCCCUCUCCGCCUCUGACAGACGCAGGUUUCUCACGCAUAUCUCGGUUUGAGCCAUAAUGAUGGGUGAUAAUGACAGCACGGAUUUGAAAGUUACAACUUCCGAGAAGCAAGAACAAAGAAGGAGCCCGGCUAAAAAAAAAAAAAAGAAAAAAAAAAAGAAGAAGAAGUGCGAGAGAAGCGUGAAAGGGAAGGAGACCACUAAGGAGAAAUAACAAGCAACAGUUCCUGCGCAAUGAAGAGGGGAUUUAACCAUUAAAGUCUUUAAAGUUUUAAACAAACACGAGUUUAACCUAACGGUUAGCUUUUUUUUUUUUUUUUAAAUUAAUGAUCAAACUCACUUUAAAUCCAGUUUGUAGAGCAAGUCCAUUUUUCCAAUUUAACCGUUUUGUUAAGUUGACAAAAACAAGCGACAUCACAUGUGGCUUAGCAACUCCUCAGUUUAAAAAAAAAAAAAGUUGAUUAUUUCCUGUUUAUUCACUUGGUUCUGAUCCGUCUUAGAAGGUGUUAGCUGGUAUUCUGUGCAGUUUUUACUAAAUGCCAGCUGACCUUAUUGCACUUUUGUUAUAAAACUUUGUAAAUUCGUAUUUCAUUACACAGCUGCUUUUUAAAUUUUUUUUUUUUGCUGCAAGAGUAAAACCUCUUAGGGAAUAACAUAAGCUACACACAUGGUGUGUGUUGUCCAGAGGAGAUGGUUGUGGCCGAGUUAUUAAUUUGGGCUUAAUUAUUAUUUUUUUGUUUUAUAAUUUUUUAAGUUAUUUUAAUUAUUAUCGAGCUUUUGGUUGAGAAACUUCUCAUUUGAUGGAGCAAGGAUUUCAGUUAGCAUCCAUGUUUAGCCAACCUAGCCACGGAGCUAACGCUAAAGUCAACCUUAUGCUCCGCACUUCUUAAUGAACAAAUAAUUAAGUAAUUAGGCAAAAAGAAAAAAAAACAGAAAUAAAUGUUGACCGGUUUUUAACAUUAGCUGCGUAUUAGUUCGGACAAUAUGAGCUACUUUUUGGGAGAGGUGGCUAUCCUACCUAAACGAUUUUAUUAUAAUUUAAUUGGAGAUUUUUCACGAAUCAAGAUUUAUUCUCAUUCGUCAGGUUAUAUGUUUAUAGUCGUUGUGUUAACAACAUUGUGAAGGCCAAGAAUUGUCACACAAGCUUCAGAAAGAAUCAAAACCAGCUAGUUUAGCCACAAUGCUAAUGCUAAAGUCAAACGUAACUAGCAACUUGAGCUUCCUAAUCCUGAGGGCGAACGCAGAUUGGGAGCGGCGACACCAAAUGACGCCAUUAUGCGUCACGCUUGUGUGUGCAGAAAAAGAACGUUUUUGUGGAUUUGAUCUAAAUGCAGUAAUCUAUUUGUGCCACAAGGUGGCAUACCCUACUAUAAGAAGCAUAAAUAAAUUGCUUUCUACACUAAGAUGAAUUCGUAAUACUGCAAAAUCUUUACUAUGUACAAAUCUUUCUAACAGCAGCAAACAUUACCUUCCUUCUACAUCCAUUUUCAUUUACACUCGUGAGAAAUUAAUCACCAGGCAAGUUAUUUAUUGCCAUUGUCCUUAAAGUGGUGAAAUUGUGGGUCAUAUGUAGUUUGCAGCUUCAAAAAUGUAUAUUUUCUCUUCUACUUCUCCACCAAAAUACAACCAUAGAAGAACAACUACGAAAGCAGUGAAAGAGAGCAGCUAAAGGAGCCAAAACGUAAUAGCAUUUACGUUUAUUAAUCAGCUCCUCAGAAUCAUACAGAGCUCGAAACAAUUGCUGCAUCUUCUAGCGUUGGCAGUUGACCAGAAAUUGUUUAAUAGAAAAUAAUAGGGGUGUAUUGAUGCAUGUCUGAUGCCGCUGGUCUGCGCUGCCCUUGAGACACAUUUUGCUAAUAAAAAGCCCAUCAUAGCUGUGGUUGUCUUUAGGAUAAUUUUUAGCAGCUUAUUAAUAUCUCUCUUUUUAUUUUUAUUAAUUUUUAAGAUUAAGUACGAAGUAGAUGUCUUCACAAUAGUGUCUUGUUUGUCUGGCUGCAAUGUCAUUGGCAGUAAAAAAAAAGAAAAGGACUUGUCUGCUUCGGUAAAACUUUGCUACUGUCAAACUAUAUUAUUAUUAUAUAUUAUUAUUUACAAGAUAGCUUCUGUAUGGAUCCAGCUAAGCUUUCAAGUUGCAAAUGUAUAUUAAGAAAGAUGUUGGGUUGAGAAAUUUUCAACACAAACUGUCAUCAUGGUUUAUUGUUCCAAUGUUUUGUACUUGCAUUUGAUGAAUAAAACAGAAAUUGA